GCUCGGCACUUCUGUGAAAACCCUAGUUCUUUGUCAAUCAUGAUGGCUGACUGAAAUUUCUUGGUUUACUGAUUAAAAUCUCAAAAAACUUUAAUUUUUCGGAAAAUUGGUGUAUCUGCCGCCUCCUCAAAAUGCCGUUUUAACCCGGAAAAGAUCAAUAACCUAGUCAGAGGAGUGUACAGCUGAGCAACUUGUGUGAAUUCCAAUCAGUUGCAAUAAAAAUGGACACGAGCAACAUAUCCUGUCCUGUCUGUACAUUGUAUCUCAGACCGGGCAUAACCCUAAAGACCCACUUGAGCAGCCAUCCCAAGCAGAAGGUGAUCGAGGCUCUGGUCCGGCUGUCGGAGACCGGAGAUGUGGAAAAAAUCGGCAACCCCUCCUCCCAGCCCGACCCUGGCGCCUCCACCACCCACACCGCCGUGGUGAACCAGAGCUGGAACCAGGGCGGCUUGGUCAACAUGCCCCCCCUGCAGGGCAACCACGUCUUCAUCUACCAGCAGAGCAUGAGCAGCACGACCGCCUCGCCCCAAAACGUGCCAUCGCAAUACGUCAUUCCCACGAUUUUGAACCCGCAAAUGAUGCCCUACAUCUACCAGCAACAGCUGAUCAUGUCAAGCGGCUCCUGUGUUUCCCCCAUGCGGACGCUGCCGUUUGAGUUGCCGUCGACGUCGUCACAGGACUGCAGCAUCACGGAGGAGCCCGAGAACGAACGCGACUCGCCGAAGAAAAUCGAGGAGAUUGACGAAGAUGCGAGCGAGACGCUGAGUGAUUCGAUUAAAAUCGACUGCGAUAUGCAGGAGCAGAUCAAUAAUAGUUUGGAUUUGAAUGUGUAUGAAAUUGAGGAGGGUUUUAACGCACAGGAAGGGCCCCCGAGUCCGGACUCCGAGAGCGGCGAGUUGAAUAAAGCCUGUCAGACGCAGAACAACAACUUGACCUCGGAAGAGGACGUUUCGGAUGAGACUGAGCCGAAACAGGCCGAUUCCGAGUUUUAUUUUGUGAACGAGAACGAGAAUCCGAAUUACACUUCGGUGGAAUUGGGCCAGAACCCGAUUUACACGGCUUCGAAUAUUUUGCAGUCUGACCAGCUAGACUUCGUUGAUAUGAACGGAGUCCAGAUGGUAAUUAAUGAUAUAAAUGAGUUUGCGGGCAAUCAGAUUAUAUCUCAGGUUGAAAAUUUUGAAGGUAUCGCUCCUGACCGGUCGGGAGUUUUAAUGACGAUCGGCGGGAUGGUUGAUAGUGCUAAAGAUGAUUUUCUGGAUCAGAGAGAUGCGGAAGAGAGCAUGUCUCGGGAGAGCUCGAAUGUUAACAUCCGAGCCGACGAGCGUAUGCCCCCGAGGGGCGAGCUCUCCGGUCAGGAGAGUCUAGGGGGCUCCAGUGAUAUCACCUGGAACCGGGUGCAAUAUAACGAAGGCAGCUCAGGGAUGUCCACCUCGUACGACCUCCUAACGCGCGAAAACUGGGAGGCUUCCGACAGUUCCGACGUCGAAGUGCCCCCCCUUCAAAGUCGCAUCCCCUCACACGUGACCUAUCCCGAGGAGGACGACGACAGCCCCACUAUAGUCAGCUUCACCGGACCUCCUCUCAACUUCAAAUGUUCGAAAUGUGACGAAGCGUUCAGCUGUCUCAGAGAGAGGAAAGAACACGAGGCGGAAAAACAUCCCGAAAAACGCAAACUUAAUCGAAUCGGCAGCGAACUUGACAAGAAAAAAGUCAAAAAACUCGUCGUUAAACUCAAAACUGAAAAGCCCGAAAGCGAGAACAACUUCGUUUUUACGAACAAACUCAAAAUGGAAACUCCAAGCGAAGCGGAAACGCCCGAAGCACAAACCGAUCCAAUCGCCACAACACCACAAAUGCCGACCGAAUUGAAAUCGGUUUGUCCGAUCUGUGGCUGCGUACUGAAAAAUGCCAAAGCACUGAAGGAGCAUAAAAUAAGCGUCCACAAAAUUACAGCACUGUCGCGCCACAAAUGUAUAACUUGUGGCGAAUUGUUCCCGAAUGAUUACAAGUUUUCCAUACAUUUGCGAAUACAUCCCCUAGAAUGUAAAAUAUGUGGACGCUUGUUCUACCGGAGACAGAACAUCCAGCUCCAUAUGAGGCGCCAUUUGGGCAUAAAACCCUUCAAGUGUGACGUGUGCCAGAAAGCAUUUCUCACGAAACAAAAACUGUUCGAACACAGGAACAUCCACACGGGCGAAGCCCCGAUCAAGUGUCCCCUGUGUGACGAAACGUUCCGCCGGCACUCCAAUUUAGUGCAGCACCGGAACCGGCACCACCUCAAUAUCAAAAAGAAGGUCAAGGAUUACAUCUGUUUCUGCAAAGAGGUGUUCCACUCGAAGAAAAAGCUCGCCUGGCAUAAGGAAAUCCACGAUGCCAAGCCCAAAUCUUGCACCCAUUGUAGCGAAAAGUUCAUCCACAUGUCGAGCUUGACGCGUCAUAUGCGCCGUGCGCAUAAUGAGCGCUUCCUUCCGAACGGGCAUAAGAAGGCGGAAAAUGUGGAGUGUCCAAUCUGCAAGGGGGUUUACCUGAAAUCGUCCCUGGACGUCCAUAUACGUAACCACAGCGGCCAGAGGCCGUACGCGUGUCUCAUCUGCAAUAAGGACUUCACCACGAAAUGGAACCUCAAGCUGCACAAAUGGACGCACGCGUCCCGCGUGUCCAAACCGUUCAAAUGCGACCAAUGCAAGGGUGCUUUCAUCCGCGAGUCGGAUUACAUCGCUCACAUGAACUCGCAUAAGAGCAUAAGGCCGUAUACGUGUAACCACUGCGGGGCGCAGUUCAUCCGCAAAUACAACUGCCAGAGGCACGUGAAGGAGCACGAGAAUGAGAAGAUGUUCAAUUGUAAGGUGUGCGGGAAGUCGUUCCACCGAUCGUACUAUUUGAAGGACCACAUGAGGAUCCACAGCGGGCUCAGGCCGUACUCCUGCCACAUUUGCGGCAAGACUUCGACCACUAAGUCCAACCAUAACAAGCACGUGCAGAUACACCAUGCCAGAGAACCGGUCAGUACUGAGAACUAAUUGUACAAUUGGAUAACCUGUGAUUCUUUUCGUGGGGCUAUCACGGGGUGGUAGCCGAUUAUGCAUUAUACAAGUAAUCGAGAGUACACUUUUAAGUAAUUUUAUUUUAGCUAAUUUUAUCGCAUUAUGGUUAUCGAUUUUAAGGACCGCUAGAUUAAAGACUGUAUUUAUUUAUUCUUUUAUGUAAUUUUAGACUUAUUGGUGGACUCAAAUUUUUAAACAUUUUAUUUAUAAAACGGUCACUUAUGUACAUAUUACUUAUUUUAUUUUUAAAAGUGUGCAAUUAAAGUUUUGUAUUGGCAAAUACAAAUAAAACAAAUCUUUGUAAA